CAAUAUCUUAUUCUGCCAUUAUUCUGUUCUACUUCCAUUCGUAGCCGGAGCAUCAACCCAGCUACCCUGCUCCGCAUCCUAUAUCGCCAUACGCUAAUCUUCGACUCUCCCUCUCUGCGACGGCCGGCCGGAUUGCUUUUGAUAAUUCCCGCAGGUGCAAGUGUGACUGGUAAAUUCCAGAAGAUUUUUAUCUGCUUCUUGUGUGCUGGGACUUGAAAUUGAACUGUCAUCAUAUUCCCCUUUCACUGUAAUGGAUCCUAAUGGUUCUUCUGAUGAAAAGAGUGAAAGUAGAAUCUACAUUGCUAACCUUGAUCUGAGAAUAACGGAGGCUGCUCUAAUUAAGAUGUUUUCUCCGUUUGGGAAGAUUAUAACCGAAGACUUUAUGUGGCACACCCGUGGCCGAAAGCGCGGAGAGCCACGGGGAUUUGCUUUCAUCCAGUAUAGCAGCAGAGAUGAAGCAAGAUUGGCCAAGGAGAAGAUGCAUGGGAGACUAGCAUGUGGACGCCCGCUGGUUGUCCGCGUUUCCAGUGACAAGUACUUGGUAGAACCAGCAGAGAAUUCUUCCAAAGGAGUGGGCGAGGCCACCAAAACAAGCGCUUCUGGUACUAGUUCAGGAAAAAUGAGCCGGAGCUCCAAAAUAACAGCAAUCAAGAACAAAUUGAAGGCUCUGGAGGAGGAGGGCUACAGCGCCAAGAAGCAGAAGCAAGAAGCCGACCGUCUUUGCAAUAAGAAUGUUGCUUCCAUCGACAAAAGAUAACAAACUAGGACGCUAAAAUCUGCUCAAUUCCAAGUUGUAAACUUCCUAAACGUGGCCCAGUUGAACAUAAUAGUGACAGUACAGUUGAUUCUGUUUGGGAUUUACAAAACUAUCGCAGCUUUUGGAGUUAUUUUUCUGAUUCAGCAGGGUAUAUUUCAAUCAAACUACCUAUCUGAAUCAUUUC